UUAUAUGUUUAUAUGUCAUGCAUUAUUGAACAUUGAAACAGGGAGCAAAAGUGUGUACUUUCUACGUGCGAAAUGGUACUUGUGGAUAUGGACCUCGCUGCAAGUUUACCCAUCCUAAUCCUACUACAACUGGAGGAGGAGUUUUUGAACCACGUAAUAACUCGUCUCCAGCUGGUCUAUUUAUUGCGCCUCCUGUAAAUGGUGCAUCACAACAAGCUGGACGUGCUAUUUGGUCUUUGCCUAUGAUGACUGGUACUGAUAUUGCCUUACAGAGAAACAACUUGCCCUACUUGCCUGCAAUGCCUACUCUUCCUCAUUUUACUCCCGAAUGGAAUGGAUUUAAGGCUCCUGAAGAAUGUGCACUGACUCGUAGUUCAGCUCCCGUUGAAACAAGUCACAUAACAAAACCAGAUAAUUCUGACGGGGUUCAAGAAUAUCCAGAGAGACCAGGCCAACCUGAAUGUGUUUAUUUUACUAAAACUGGAAGCUGCAAGUUCAAAUCGGCAUGUAGGUAUCACCAUCCCUCUACCGGAACCGUAACCCCAGUUGAAGUGGAGUGUGUUACAACAAGUGAAAAUGGCCUGCCACUUAGACCUGGAAAAAAGGUUUGUCGGCAUUAUGAACAAUAUGGUAUAUGCAAGUACGGUCGAGCAUGCUUGUUUGACCACCCGGUGGAUCUCUGUUUCUCCGUGACCACCUAA